CUACCCAAUUUCAAUAUUCUCCUCCGCCCCUCUCAGUUCACUGAUCGGAGACGAAGCAAAUGGCUCCGAAGAAGAAACCUCAGAAGCAAAGCAACAAAGCUGCUUCUUCAUCAUCAUCGUCGUCGUCGAAAGCGAAACCUUCCUCAGGUCCCAAGCUUCAGAUUUCGGCGGAGAACGAGGACCGUUUGCGACGGCUCUUGCUCAACUCCGGCCGCACCGCUCCUCCGGCUCCGGCACCUAUCCACAGCGCGCUUUCCAAAAAUCAGAAGGCGAAGAAACUCAAUACUGUCUACGAGAAGCUCUCUUGCGAAGGAUUCGUUGAUGAUCAGAUUGAGCUCGCUCUCUCUUCUCUUAGAGAUGGAGCAACGUUUGAGAGUGCACUUGAUUGGCUCUGCUUGAACUUACCGAGUCAUGAGUUGCCGGUGAAGUUUUCCACCGGAGCUUCUCGCUUUCCUACCGGAGGUGGUUCUGUAGGUGUGAUAUUGACCUCAAGGGAAGAUUGGAAUGAGCCUUCUGACUCUUCAGUCGAGCUCAAGCAGGAGGAACCUGAAGUUUUGGUUAAAGUGAAGGGGAAGCAAGAUGAGGAUGCUCUUCGUUCUGACCAAUCAUCGCAAGCUGAUUGGAUCCGUCAGUAUAUGAGAAGACAGGAGGAGGAGGAAUUGGAAUCUUGGGAAGAUGAGGUAGAUGGUGUUGGCUCCAGCAGGGAGGCAUCCGGUCCGAGGGCUUUUGAUGUGAUUGCUAAAGAAUACUAUUCGGCAAGAUCAGAUGCUAUAAAAGCAAAGGAUAAGCGUGAUAAAAAAGGACAAGAGCAAGCAGGCUUAGCCAUUCGAAAGCUCAAGCAAGAGAUAGCUGCUCUUGGAAUAUCUGAAGCAACGUUAGAAUCUGAAUUUCAGCGUGAGUAUGCUUUCGAAGAUGCUACAGAAAAAGAAAUAGCCUCUCCCAUGCCCGAUACUGUUCAUGAGGCAGUAGAUGCUGACUCUAUUCAGCCGUUAGAUGAACCGGUCUUGGAUGAAAAUCCUGUUGAGAAUUGUGGAUCUGAGGAAAAUCAACGUAAAGAUCUUCCCUCAUGUUCCCCGGGACAAGAAGUAGUUGCAUCGGAUGAUAAUUCAGAGUACUUGGCGCUUGACGAUAUGUUUUCAGUAGAUGUCCCGCAUUAUGAAGCAUCGCCACAUGAACUCUUGGAAUUGCAGAAGAAGGAAAAGAUGAGAGAACUACGCAGUGAGGAAAAUCUCGGGAAACUAGAGGGCAUCUGGAAGAAGGGUGAGGCGCAAAAGGUCCCUAAGGCAUUUCUCCAUCAAUUGUGUCAAAGGUCGGGGUGGGACGCACCAAAGUUCAACAAAGUAACCGGUGAAGGAAGGAAAAUCUCAUAUACUGUAAGCAUUCUGCGGAAAGCCAGUGGACGGGGUAAAAGCAGACAAGCCGGGGGUCUGGUAACUCUUCAACUUCCUCAUCAAGAUGAGGUUUUUGAGUCUAUCGAGGAUGCACAAAACAGAGUUGCGGCAUUUGCUCUCCAUAAGCUCUUUUCUGAUUUGCCUGUUCACUUUGCAAUCACUGAGCCUUAUGCCUCUCUAGUGUUGAUCUGGAAACAAGAUGAAUUGUUUUGUACCGUACAAAGCACAGAAGAAGAUCGAAGAGCUAACUUUGUUGAUAGGUUGCUUGAGGCAGACAGUUUGAGUUUGAACGAUUCGUCGAGUAGCAUCUCCGAUGCAGUUCCUAUGGUAGACACUUACGUCGAAGAAAAAGAUGACCUAGGUCUUGCCAGAUCUAGCCACAGAGCAAAAAGAGACUCUUACAUAGAAGCUACAUGUUUAUCUCUCCAACAAAGACAAGAAAACAAGAAGAAAACACGGAAGUACAAGGAUAUGUUGAAAACUCGAACUGCUCUUCCUAUAUCUGAAGUGAAGAAUGACAUACUGCAUCAUCUGAAAGAAAGAGAUGUCUUAGUAGUAUGCGGAGAAACAGGCUCUGGAAAGACUACACAGGUUCCUCAAUUUAUAUUGGAUGAUAUGAUCGAGUCAGGGCGUGGUGGAUACUGUAAUAUCAUAUGCACACAACCUCGGCGAAUAGCAGCUAUCUCUGUUGCUCAAAGAGUUGCUGAUGAGCGUUGUGAAUCCUCUCCAGGCUCAGAUGACUCCUUGGUUGGUUAUCAAGUUCGUCUUGAAAGUGCAAGGAGUGACAAGACAAGGUUGCUGUUUUGUACUACUGGUAUUCUACUGAGGAAACUCGCUGGGGAUAAAACCUUGAACGAUGUUACACAUAUUAUAGUCGAUGAAGUGCACGAGCGGUCUCUUUUGGGUGAUUUUCUUCUCAUUAUUUUGAAGAGCCUGAUUGAGAAGCAAUCAUGCGAUAAUACAUCGCAAAGACUGAAAGUUAUCCUUAUGUCCGCUACUGUUGACGCAAAUCUGUUCUCAAAUUAUUUUGCUCACUGUCCUGUGAUUACUGCUCAAGGACGAACACACCCGGUUACUACUCACUUUCUGGAGGAGAUUUAUGAGAGCACUAGAUACCUUCUGGCUCCAGAUUCUCCAGCUGCACUCAGAUCGGAUUCAUCCAUUAAAGACAAGCUUGGUUCUGUAAACGACCGUAGGGGAAAGAAGAAUCUUGUAUUGGCUGGAUGGGGGGACGAUUAUUUGCUUUCAGAGGACUGUCUUAACCCGUUUUAUGUUUCCGGUAACUACAACUCGUACAGUGAUCAAACACAACAAAAUCUGAAAAGGUUAAAUGAGGAUGCUAUUGACUAUGAGCUUCUUGAAGAGUUGAUAUGCCACAUUGACGAUACUUGCAACGAGGGAGCUAUUCUAGUAUUUUUGCCUGGUGUGUCAGAAAUUCACAUGUUACUUGAUAGGUUAGCUGCUUCGUAUCGUUUUCGUGGACCUUCUGCAGAUUGGCUUCUUCCUCUGCAUUCUUCUAUAGCAUCUACCGAACAGAAAAGGGUGUUUCUACGACCCCCUGAAGACGUACGGAAGGUUAUUAUAGCUACAAACAUUGCAGAGACCAGUAUAACAAUUGAUGAUGUGGUGUAUGUGAUUGACAGUGGCAAACACAAGGAAAAUCGCUAUAAUCCACAGAAGAAACUGUCAAGCAUGGUGGAAGAUUGGAUAUCUCAAGCAAAUGCAAGACAAAGAACAGGAAGAGCUGGACGAGUUAAACCUGGAAUUUGCUAUUCAUUGUACACACGCCAUAGGUUCGAGAAACUAAUGCGUCCCUAUCAGGUUCCUGAGAUGCUACGGAUGCCAUUAGUAGAACUAUGUCUACAAAUCAAAUUGCUUGGUUUGGGUCACAUUAAGCCUUUUCUGUCGAAGGCUUUGGAACCUCCGAGUGAAGGUGCUAUAGCCUCUGCAAUUUCAUUGUUACACGAGCCAUAGACUUAAGUAAUUUGAGUUUGAAGUAGUGACGGCCGACUAAGUCAGCGAGUGUGUCUUGGACACUGAUGAAACUGCAGCCAUAGAACCACGCCUUGUCCGCCAAUAGUACAAUUGAUGGAGCUACCUUUAUCUUUUUAUAUGGUACUACUGAUGCUAUACUGUUAUAAGAGUUCUGCACAACCAAGAUGCCAGUUUCUUAAUAUUAGACAAUAUUUUUCA